AUGCAGGCUAGUACGAUGAAGUCUCAUGACUCACAUGAACUGAUGGUACCGGUGAAGCGUCAGCGGCAGGAGUGUGAAUACAAGCGAAGAGCAGCAUCGUUUGAUUCUUUGGAAACAGGAUCUUCUUUACAGCUCCAACAGAGAAACCAUGAUAAUACACGAAACUUUGAAUAUGCCAAAAAGGAUGAAAACAAUAGUAAUGACGGGAAUAAUUAUGACAGUAAGAGGAUUAGUAAUUGUGGUGGUGGUAGAAGUGGUAGUAUCAAGUCUUGUUCUUCUUCUUCUUCCUCCUCCGCUUCUUCCUCUUCUUCUUAUUGUUCUUCUUCUUCCUACUCAUCAUCACAAUCCUCACGAUCUGUGUCUCCUGUUUCUCCUCGCACCUUAUCACUUCCUGUUCGUAUUGUCCGAUGUAUGGGGAGUGGUAACAAUGGUCAAGUGUUCCUGGCAGAGAAAACAGAUGUUGACAACAUUUCACAUAGUGAAGAACGUGAGGCGGCACCGCGAGUGGGGGAAUCUCACACAUUCAACAAUCUUCAAACAGAAAAGGAUGGAAUGUGUGAGGGGACAGAAGCGGGUAGUGUGGCAAAGGCGGGAAACACUUCCAUGGCGGUAAAAUUUAUGCAUGCCUCAUCUCGACACGUUCAACGGGAGUUAUUUUGCCUCAACUACUUGGAUAGAUGCCGUGAAGAGAUUGAGGCAAAGGAAGCAACAGAAGAAGAAGAACAAAACAAGAAAAAAAUUUUAGAUUCUGAGUUUCCAUAUAAUCAUUUUUUAACACUCACGUCUUUUUUUCCGCCCUCUUCCCCAAAACUUUUUUUCACUCAACAAGUAGGAAAAAAUGUCGCUAUAGGAUUAGAACUCCUUGGACCUGAUUUGUUUGAUUUUACAGAAAGUUAUAUUUUACAUGAGGAAGAACUCUGUCUUGUAGGAAUAGAACUUUUACGAACUCUUAACACUAUUCAUAAACAAGGAAUUGUUCAUCGUAGCGUUAAGCCAGAAAAUUUCUGUUGGAACACAAAUGAACUCCUAAAUUAUGAUGAUGUUGAUGCUGGUGAGAAUAGUGAUAACAAAUAUAAUUAUUGUCAUUCUAGUAGAACUAAAAAUUCUAUUUGUUAUCAAAAGGAUGAAAUGAUGCAAUAUAUUGAAGAUACACCUUCUUUCAUGUUUAAAAUCAUAGAUUUUGGCCGUGGUACUCUCAUUAAUGGCUUAUCAUCACCAUUAAUAACAUCUACAUUGUAUGAACGACCUUAUAGAGGUUGGUGGCAUAGUCUUCGUGGUUUCUUAGGAAAACCAAUGGGACAAAAAGAUGAUUUAAUGGGUGUUGUGCACACCAUCGGUUAUUUACUUGAUGACUACAUCAGAGAAAAGAGCCAUUCCGCUCCCUCAUCACACUCACCGUCCUUUGACAGAGUGGAUAAAACCUGCUGCAAUAAUAAUGCUACUGCUAGUACUAAUACUACUAAAACCAAUAAAACUGCUAUUAUUACUUCUCAGUUUUUCUCCUCCUCCUCCUCCUCCUCCUCUUCCUCCUCCUCCUCCUCCUCCCCUUCUUCUUCUUCCUCUUCUUCUUCUAAGAGUACCAGCGAUCCCACCAGAGAGAGCUGUGCUGCAAAUGAAGGAAAGUUGGGCAGUCAUUCUCGGAAUGUGAUGGCAUGUAAUAAAGAGAAGGGUAAAAAAGCUCGACCUCGCUCGUACUCAUCAUGUCGACGUCGUCUCGCUGAUAAGAUCAGUAAUGCAUACCGAACUGCUUCCAAACGGUACCGCCAAACCCAUCGCCUUAGUGGUAGAAGAGAAGAGAAGAGUACUGUGCAGAGAAUGAAAAGUUAUAAGGGAGAAAAAGUAUGUAAUACUACUGAAAUGCGUAAUGAACGACGUGCGUGGAUUGUGAAUCAUGUUGAAAAAGAGUUUCUACCAUCCAUAUUACCAGACCGCUAUUAUCCUACAACCAUGCCAACAUGGUGGGUGAAGUGGUUCACUGCUUGUAGUGAGUGGUGUUAUGAUGAUACGGUGUCAGUAGAGGAGAUGUCUGUAAACAUGUUGAUGGGUUUAUAUGAACAACUACACAAGUCUGGAGAGAGUAUGCAUGAAGUGCGACGGACCCUCACAGGUAUGCUAUGGAGUUAUCUGAAGAGGAGGGACCCCUGA